GUCGGACUGUCUCGCCCCCAUCGUGUAAUGUAAUGUAACAUCAGGUGCGAUCACAGCUACAUGUGUUCUGGUGGAAACCACCUUCUAGACCAAUCCAUAUUACCAUUAGAUCGCACUCGCUCUUGAGCCGAUCUGUUGCUGACAGUUUCCGUCAUAGAGACGUACCGACGCAACGUCAACACCAGGAAGAAAAGCAGAGAAUUCCUAAACAAGACGGAGCGAGUGUCAAGAAGAUAGUGAGCAAACGUCAGAACCUGAACAGUUUUGUUUUGGCCACAUCGUUUCGGUGAAAUAAAACGAGGAGGAGACAGUGGAUCAAUGGCGUCCAGCACCCCGUUGGUAAAUGGGGACCGAGGGUCCCCGACUGAAGCUGGGGUGGGCAGCCUGGAGGAGGCCCUAGAGCAGAUGAAUAUCCUCAUAAUGGAGAAUCGAGAGCUAAAAGAGGCCUUGAGGCAGACAAACUCGUCCAUGAAGGAGCGUUUUGAGGAUCUGUCUCUCUGGCGGGAGAAGCAGAGGGAUGAGAGGGAGUUCCUGGAGGGCCGGCUAGAAGAAGCCAGGCAACGAGUGCUGGCUCUCAGCACAGAGAACGAGGGAUUGAAAAACCAAGUACCAGGACAGGCUGAGGCAGGGGAGAUUGAGGUGCUCAGGGUUCAGUUGGGCCGUGUGCAGGCCGAGAAGAACGACUUGGUGGCCCUCAAUUCGGAGCUGCAGCUGAAGAUGGGCCAGGAAUCCCCCGAUAACUCCUUCAUCGAGAUCCGGAUUGCUGAAGGACAACUAAAUGUGACAAAAGACAUACCUUCCACUCAGGAGGAACUCACAGCCUCAUGCAUGACACGCCUGAAAUCAGAGGAGCAGACCGUGAGCCAGCUGCUGCAGUCUCUGAGGAGUGAGACCAAGCGCGUGGAGACGCUGGAGACCGAGCUCCGCGCCGCUAGAGAGAGGUUGAAUGAAUUGGAACGUCAGAGGCAGAAGAACAGUGAGAUCAGCACACAGACGUCAUUACCUCUCCCGCUCAUGGAUCAACAGGAUGCCGAUAAGGACAAACAGAGUAGCGCUGACAAGUCUGCCACUGAAGUGGAGAAUCUGAAGGCUCAGGUGAAGACUCUCGUCAAAGAGCUGCAGGAGCCCCAGAGCAAACUGGACGAAGCAGAGAAAAUGAAGAAAAACCUCCAGGACAGGUGCCGGGAGAUGGAGCAGGAGCUGGCCAGCCUGAGGACCCAGCUGGGGGAGCGUCAGCAGGUGCAGACGGAGAACGAGAGGCUCAAGUUGCAGAUGGAGAGCCUCCAGGCCCACAACAAGCUGGAGCAGAAGAAAGCCCAGGAGGAGAAGAAUAACCUGGCUCAGUUGAAGGAUGCGUACACUAAGCUGUUUGAGGAUUACAAUGAGAUGAAGGAGGAGAGGAAGAGACGAGAGCAGGCAAGCAUGUCACGGGAGGAGGCGAACGGAAUACAGAUGCGAUUGGUUGCAGCUGAAAAGGCACUGGCUACCAAGCAACAGAAGAUUGAUGACAUGAAGCAGGAACUUUUUCAGAAGGAAAAGGAUCUUGACACGGUCUCAGUCUUUAAGGCCCAGGCGGAAGUGUACUCUGCUGAUUUCUAUGCCGAGCGGGCUGCUCGCGAGGCCAUCCAUGCUGAGAAGGAGCGUCUCGCUGCUCAGCUUGAGUUUGUCAAGAAACAGAAGAAUCAGCUGGAGGAGGAGAUGGACUCAUUUGGCAGGCAAUCACUGGGGGAGAUGCAGCGAAGACACGUGCCGCGUGGAGCUACACCACAAGGGGGCGCCAGAGGUACAGCUUUAAGAAAAGGAGUGGAAAUGAACAUUCCGGAACACGCCUGUCCGAAGUGUAAUGAAAUCCUUCCUGAUCUCGACUCCCUGCAAAUCCACAUCAUGGAUUGUAUCAUUUGAGCCAGUGAUCAGACUGUCCCCAAACGAUAACCACCACCCCCCCAUCACCAUCAUACACUAGUCCAUUGUGACUAGUCCACAACAAGCUUUAAUAAUGCACAUAACAAUAAUUGCACAGUAACUCCUCUUAAAAAGAAAUACUCGUGCUGAAUGGUAUAACAAAUUAUUCCCAUUUUGCACUCUGUAAGUAAGAUCUUUGUUGUUCAGAUUUGAAGUUCACUGUCAGGCUAGACUGAUUUUGAAGCCCUCAUAUGCUUAUAUAAUAUAUAAUAAUUAUAUUUUGUUUGCCAAUUCAAGCUUGGUUAAAUUUAUAUUGGGUUUAUAGGUUUCAUGUUUAAUGAAUUUAUAACAGCGUGAUCACUAAAGGCAUUUAUGAAGAACCAUUGUAUAUAUACGGAACUUUUAAGUAGGUUCUUUUGACUCAGAUGGUUUUAGUGACAGGCUUCAAAAUAUCUUGUUAACUUUUGUUGAAUAAAUACAACCAAAUAGGCCCAUCUUGGGUGGAACAGAAAUCGUAGUUACUGCAUCAGGGCACUUUAGCUACUGAGAAUCUGUAUGCUUUAAUAGAUGGGCAACUGCAAUGCUGUAGACUGCUUCUUGACUUCCUGUCUUUGAGGAAAAACUGGUUUGAAGAAGCUGUUUUUGAUGUCUAUAAAGUACAGUCACUCAGUGCAAGUGAAAACCGGAGUGGGGAGGCCUCAGAGAGAGACAACUUUGUUCUGAAAAUGAAGGAUGGUGCCUUGUCUGCUUGCGUUGGCAUCAGUGACCAACUAGGUCUCCACAUUCUUGCUGAUGGAGUUGGAUAAAGGCAAGAUGCUUUUUGGACAUGCAAUAUUAACAAGAUGUGAACGUUACGCCUUUUAGAGUGUGUGUUUUUCCUCCCACUGCUGUUGUUUAGCCCACUUCCUGCUCUGUGAAUUAACCAUGAGAGAAUGUAUUUCUUCUGAGAACCUAUUCUAAGGUACAGGCCUAACUGUCUGAUUUGAUUUAUACACAAAGCUCUACAGCCUGCCAGUCAUGUCUAAUAAAUGUUCUGGUACACACGCUGUGUGGACUGAUUAUAAAUGUU